CCUUGUUUGUGAAUGCUCAGGCUAGGUGGAGCUGUGCUAUUGCGCUCAAGUUCGGUUGAGCUGAGGGAUAGGGCGCAUGCGCAGACAGGGAGGCUGCGUGAGUAUGUAAAGAAAAAGGGAUUUGGUUGCAUCUUAUUCGUAAGUUCCCUCCGCUUCCGGCACAGACAUGGACCUGGACACUGUGCUGGGGAGAGUCCGCCCGGGGAACCAGGAGGAGACGGCAUCAGCCCUGAAGGAGUACAAUGACCAGAAUCGAUCUUUGUUCCAGUUUGACCCGACUGAUGAAGAGAAAAGAAAGAAACUGUGUAAUGUUCUGUUUCAAGUACUGGAGAAAGGAACAAGUACUUCCUGUCAGAUUGUCUGUUUGGAGGCUCUCCGAAUCCUCUCCAGGGAUAAAAAGGUGUUGGCGCCGGUGAUCACAAGAGAGAACAUGAAGAUCCUCAUGAAAUUAGCAAAACUGGAUCUUCAACUGAAAUCUCUGGGUGACUCUGCAAGCUUUCCAGUUACUGUGGAGUCACUGAAGUGCUUGUGUAAUAUUGUGUUUAACAGUCCCGAGGCGCAGAAGCUGAGCCUGGAACUGAACAUGGCUGCUGGGCUUUGCCACCUCUUGAAGAUAUGCACGGGUGGGCGUACUGUCAAUGACAUUCGCUGCUUUGAUCUGAGACUGCUCUUUCUCUUAACCCUGCUGCACACGGAGAUCAGGUCUCAGCUGAAAAAGGAACUGCAAGGAUUCCUGCUGCUGACAAACACCCUAGAGAGCAUUCUGAGUAUUCACUGGGUGGGGAAGUACCAGGCUGCUGUUAAGGUUGGCAGCCCACAGCUGGCUGUGCAAGAGACGGACUGCACCAUAGAGGCUCUAAAGGCUCUUUUUAAUGUGACGCUGGACAGCUGGAAUGUCCACAGCGAGAGUGAUGCUCACCAGUUUCGUCACCUGGCUGCCAUCUUACGGUAUAUUUUGCUAUCCCGGGGUCCUUCCGAGGAGAAGACGGAGGAGCUGCACAGCAAUACAAUCAAUUUGUUGAGCAAUGUUCCUGUCUCCUGCCUGGAUGUGCUCAUCACCCCAUCUGGCCAAGAAAUGUCUGCAAACAAUAAUGAGCCGGACAUGGAGGCAAUUCAGCACACUUUGAAUUUUAUGGAGAAGCGAAUAGAUAAGGGCUGCAGCUACAGAGAGGGUCUCACGCCAGUCCUUAGCUUACUGACCGGAUGUUCCAGGGUGCACAGAAGUAUUCGGAAAUACAUCAAAGCAGAGGUUCUUCCUCCACUGAGGGAUUUAACCAAUCGGCCAGAAGUUGGGACAACCGUACGGAACAAGCUGGUGCGCUUGAUGACCCAUGUGGACCUAGGAGUGAAGCAAAUUGCAGCUGAAUUUCUGUUCGUUCUCUGUAAAGAGAGAGUGGACAGCCUCCUGAAGUAUACUGGUUAUGGAAAUGCAGCUGGGCUUCUUGCCGCCCGAGGUCUCUUAACUGGUGGGAGAGGUGAUCACUGGUAUUCUGAUGAUGAGGAUUCUGACACUGAAGAAUACCUCCAGGCAAAACCAAACAUAAAUCUAAUCACUGGUCAUGUGGAGGAACCAAUGGCGAACCCAAUUGAUGAAAUGACAGAGGAGCAGAAGGAGUAUGAAGCUAUGAAACUGGUCAACAUGUUUGACAAACUGUCCAGGGAAGAUAUUAUUAAACCGAUGGGCGUGAGAGCAGAUGGGACGAUGGCACCAUUGGAAGAAGCUAUACACUGCACACAGAUGCCCGAGCCGGAGAGUUCAGAUUCAGACUAACGCAAUCUCCUGUGGUUUUUUUAAAUUUUGUUUUUGAUAUCUAUUUAUACUCUUGAUAAGUCAGAACUUAUUUUGUCUUUGAGAAGUAAUAAUAAGGUAUAUACAUUUUUUUUUGUUGUUGUUGUUAAAUUUCCACAAACUUAAAGUACUGUCCAGUUACAUUUAUAAGCUGUUUAUAAGAAACAUAAAAUCGUUCUUGUAGGGGUGAUGGCAGAUGGGUGUUUCUGCAAGCUGUGAAUAUUUUAAAGCAAAAGCCAAUGGCGUGAUUCAUCCAUCGCUGUGAAUAUUUUAAUGAAAACAUAUGAGGAGAUGAACCUAUUUCCAAGCAGAAAAUAGAGACAUUUUA